AUGAAGCUGAUCCUGGCCUUUUGUGCCUUAGUGGCAUUUGCAGAGUGCCUCAGGGUGCCUCUGAUUAAGGGCAAGACUGCACGUCAAACCCUACAAGAGAAAGGCCUGUGGGAGGAGUACAGAAGGAAAUAUCCCUACUCCCCAUUGGUCAAGUUUCAACAAACCGGUCUUGAGCCCAUGACCAAUGAUGCUGAUCUCUCUUACUAUGGUGUGAUUUCCAUCGGCACUCCUCCUCAGUCCUUCACAGUGGUUUUUGAUUCAGGCUCUUCCAACCUGUGGGUGCCUUCUGUCUAUUGCUCAAGCCAGGCUUGCCAGAACCACGAUAAAUUCAACCCAACAAGCUCCAGCACUUUCCAGAGCACCAACCAGGCUCUGUCCAUUCAGUAUGGCACAGGCAGCAUGACUGGAUACCUGGGUUAUGACACUGUGAUGGUUGGUGGAAUUUCAGUGCAAAAUCAGAUCUUCGGACUGAGUGAGACUGAGGCACCCUUCAUGGCUAGCAUGACGGCAGAUGGUAUCCUGGGUCUAGCCUACCCAUCCAUUUCCUCUUCUGGUGCCACUCCUGUCUUUGACAACAUGAUGAGUCAGGGCUUGGUCACCCAGGAUCUCUUCUCAGUCUACCUGAGCAGCAACGGUCAGCAGGGUAGUGAGGUACUGUUUGGUGAGAUUGACAACUCCUACUACACUGGCAACAUCUACUGGAUCCCUAUUUCCUCUGAGACCUACUACCAGAUCACUAUGGACAGCGUUUCUAUCAAUGGGCAGGCUGUUGCUUGCACUGGAGGAUGUCAGGCUAUUAUUGACACUGGCACUUCCUUGAUUGUUGGUCCAACAUCAGACAUCAACAACAUUAAUGGCUGGGUGGGCGCCACAGUAAACCAAUAUGGAGAAGCUACUGUGAAUUGCAACAGCAUCCAGAGCAUGCCUUCAGUUACCUUCACCCUUAAUUCCUACCAGUUCACCAUCCCCGCUUCAUCCUACGUCAGUCAGAACUCUUAUGGCUGCAUGACAGGUUUUGGCGGCAGUGGUGACUCUCUGUGGAUUUUGGGUGAUGUUUUCAUCCGAAACUACUAUACCAUCUUUAACAGGCAGACCAACAGUGUUGGCUUGGCUCAGCUUGCUUAA